AUGGCCCUUCAGAUGCUCGAAUGCCUUUUUCUGGAACAUAACUUAGCAAACGAAAAGAAAGGUCUGUUUUUCAACUUGGUCCAGUUAAAACUUCGCCCCAGUGAUGACGAGAUUGCGUGCAUAAUUCGAUGUCUUGAUGAUUCGUAUCAGCUGUGCCAAAUAUCUGCUCUUCGACUGCUUUCCUCACCCUUUUUCGAAGUCGAUAAACUCGAUUUUUCUCAAUACCUGGUGGAAACCAAGCAGCAGAUGCUCACACAACGAUCAGUCUUCACGCUUACAUCCGCUUUUCGAUUACGUUUUUAUCUUCUGAAAAAUCCGACUGAACUGAAAUCCAUUUUCUCUUAUUUUCUCAAAUCAUGCGAUAAUCGCUUGGCGCUAAUCUCUGAGAAUUAUCUAGCACUGGCAAGCGAUGAGGGCUUUGUGUACUCAAUCUUGAAUGCUAUCAAUGUGGUCCUCGAAGUUUUGGAUCUCGAGUGUGCCAGGUAG